AUGUUACUUCUUGAAGAGUUCUUUGACUCUGCAUUGGUCAUUUCCAGGUGCAGUAAUGAAGGCAAGACAGAGCUGUUGAAUUUAUUUUUGCCAGCACUUGUGCACAUGGUGACAGAAGAAAAUAUUUGUUGUAUGCUGCAGCAGGAGGCUUUGAGGACCCUCAACUCUAUACUAGACAGUGUCCCACGGGAGGAAAGAAAGAAAUUCCCUCUGUCAGAGGAGAUGUGCUCGCUCACGAAAGACCUUGCAAAAACUUUACUGGAGGCUGGCGAUUAUGACCUUCAAGUUGCCCUUUCAGAAGCACUUUGUAGGUUAAUGACAAAAAAAUGGAGGGAUGACCUUGUUCACCACUGGUUUGAAGAUAACUAUCUUGCUGAAGCUUUCAAAGAGAUCAAGGAUAGAGAAUUUGAGACGGACUGCAGAAAAUUUCUUAACCAGCUGAAUGAAAGGCUUGGAAGUGAAAGAAGAGUCUACUCACUUCCUUGCUUAUCUGCUUUUGCUGACACAAUUGAGGUGAAGAAGCCAUCCGAUGAGAAGCUGGAGAAGUUCUGGAUUGACUUCAAUGCUGACACCCAGAGUGUGACUUUCUAUGUGCACAGUAAUGAGGGAGCUCUCUGGGACUCUGUGAGGCUGUCGAAAGAAGCAAUCAGCAGUUACACCCUACAGGAGAGUGCUGGAGAAAAGAUUGUUAAAAUCUACAUGAAGAUUCCUGUUCCCCUUGAUAAAAUAGAAGCCACAAAAAUCAAAAUCUCUUUCAGUGCAGAGUUUGAAGUCUUAAGUAUACUUAGAAAAGUCCUGGGGGAUGAAAAAAUGAUGAUAAAUGUGGCUGAAGAGGAGCCUGUCCAUGCUGGGAAGCAAGCCAGGCAGACUGAAACAGUGAUUCCUGAGUACAACAAUUCACAGGCCAGGAAAGAUCCUUCAGCCUCUGAAAGCAUGGACUCUCUAUCAGAUGAUCAAGCCUCUCAGGAUGACCAACAGUUAACAGGCACUAAAAUGGUGAACUCUGGUGUGACUACAUUUACACAAAGCCUGCAAACUGAUACAGAAGAUGCUACCCAAGCCAAAAAGUCCAGAACUCCAUCUCCAAGGACAAAAGCUAAGCCUAGUGAGAAGCCCUUAGAAGAAGAAUCUAUGGAGGAAUUAACACCAAAGGUAUUAUUGUGGGUUUGGAUCCUUCAACAUUUUUCUUUUCAGAAGGAUGUUACCUGGGGAAAAAGAAAGAGAAAACGGAGUUCGGCCAAGCAGAAGGCUGAAGGCAGGAAGGAAGUUUAUGACUUUGAAAACUCAGACUCUGCAAGUCAUGAAAAGGUUGCUGAAGCCAAAGGAAAGAUUUUUGGCCAGAAAAUCUCUUCACAAAAUCGGAGUUACAGGAAACAUCUCUUCUCUGAAAGUGACAAUGAACACUCGAGUCCCAGUCAGAGUGAGAAGAGCUGGAUCCUGGACUCUCAGAAGCACUCGCUGCCGAAGUCUCUGGAUUAUUCCCGGAAAAGACCGAGAGUGAGGAGUAAAUUAAAAGUGCUUCCAGUGUCUUCUGCAAGUAGUAGCAGUGACUACCAGACAAGGAAGGAACCAUCAAGGCGAAGAGCACAAAAGGAGAUGCCAAGGAAAAAAAGCACAUCCAGCUCCAAGGCAGACAAUUCAUCUACAGUGAUUCUUGCUGAAGAAAUGGUCUCAGAGCUUCAAGAGGAUACACUACCAGUAGAUGUGUCUGCCAAGGGCUAUGCCAGUGGUGAGGAGGCCACACAGACGCUCCACAAAGCACCUGGCAAACCGUCAAAAGAAGAAGGAAAUUUUACCUGGAAUGACUCAGAUAUAUUAAGCAGCACUGCCGUUACAAAGUCUAAAUUUUCCAGUUGGAAAACAACCAGUUUGUUCUCUGACACUUCCUAUAAACCAAGGAAACAUUUUGAUCCAGAAGAGAAGACCCAAACAGGUCAGGAAAUGGAUGAUAAGGUGGAUAAUAAGGUGGAUGAUGCAUUUUUUCCCAAGGCACAGCAUGAAAACUUCAGUGGUUCAGGAGUGAUUGCUGCAUUUGAAAACUUCACCAGCCAGCUAAAGAAAUUGUUCCAGUACCAGAACGAAAAGAUGGAGGCCAGUGCACGGAACACCCUGAGGACUUCAGAGAGGAAUCUGUCCACCCUGCUGAACCAGAUACAUGAGUGCAGGCUGAGUAAGUUGGAGACUUUCCAGAAGAUUGUUGUUGAAAAGCUUGCUAGUCUUGAGAAGGAAACUCAAACCUUGGCAAACAUGGAGAAGGAUGCUGUGGACUUCUGGAACACACAGUUACGCAAACUGAAUUCUUUCUGCAGCUUGCAAAAGCAGAGAUUUCAGUCUGUUGACUCAGCCCUGGGUGAAACAGCCACGACUUCUACUGACAGUAUCCAGAACACAAUGGAUGAACACCCGGUGAAGAACAAAGUGGAAAACAAUGUGUCCAUUGCUCCUUCUGACUAG